CAACACUAAGGCUUCGAGAAAACAUUUGAGCUCGACAUCUCACCGCAGUUACACCGACAGCGUUCUACAAUAGGUAGGAUAUAUAAAGGCUAAAAUGGUGAGCAAGAUAAUUCUCAUGGACCCGUUAUUACGAGACCCAUCGUGGCAGCGUCACCGGACCGCUCCUUGGGCGCCCUUUUGCCUUGGGGUAGUAUCAUGGGCCAGUUGCGGAACGGAGGCAAACACUUGAGGUACUGUCAAAGAAUGGAAAGCUCUUAGUAUGGAGCUCCUUAUAUAAAGACCUUCAUUCUACCUUUUGGUCAUCGAUACAAUGCCAGUUUUGUAUUUGCUACGCCCAAGACGACAUCUACAAACAUUUCCUUGUCGGGAUCUCGUACCAUAGAAUCUCAAGAUGAAGACCUCCGCAGCGCUCCUCUUCCUCGUCUCGCUCGCCUCGGCGGCGCCGACAACCCGCUCCCCGGCCGCUGAAGCCGCCGCGGUCCUCGAGGGCCGUCAGAUCCAGACGCUGUGCGACCAGUACGGCUACUGGUCGGGCAACGGCUACUACGUCAACAACAACAUGUGGGGCAAGGACUCUGGUUCCGGAUCGCAGUGCACCUACAUCGACAGCAGCUCGACGAACCACGUCAGCUGGCGCAGCACGUGGCAGUGGUCCGGUGGCCAGAACAACGUCAAGAGCUACCCCUACUCGGGCCGUACCAUCCAGAGGGGCCGCACCAUCGCCAGCAUAAACUCCCUGCCCAGCGUGGUGCAGUGGAACUACAACAACGGCAACAUCCGCGCCAACGUAGCCUACGACCUCUUCACCAGCACGGACCCGAACCGCGACAACACACACGGCGACUACGAGCUCAUGGUCUGGCUCGGCCGGUACGGCGACGUCCAGCCCAUCGGCAGCCAGAUCGGCACCGCCAGCGUCGGCGGCCGCAGCUGGCAGCUGUGGAGCGGUCUCAACAACGGCAUGCGCGUCUACAGCUUCGUCACCACGCAGGGUGCUAUCACCUACUUCAACGCCGACAUCAAGCAGUUCUUCACCUACCUGCAGCAGAGCCAAGGCUUCCCAGCCAGCCAGCAGUACCUCACAACCUUCCAAUUCGGUACCGAGCCUUUCACGGGCGGCCAGACCACCUUCCAGGUCAACUCUUUUGGAGCCAACGUCCAGUAAGAAUUGGCGGUUGUAGACGAGGGGUUUUUGGUGUGGAAAUAUGGAGAUUCUUGCGUUUUAAAUGUCCUCUAACGGAAGAUACUUUGAGUGGCUAUAGUUCAGACCCAAGGGUUCGGGACUUGUAUUAUAGCUGAUUUUCCGCUUGAAACUCAAGUAUUGAUAAUGAGGCAGACAUUUCGAUGGGGUGGCAUAUGUUCUUCGGUUAGCAUAGCGUUAUGUAUAUAUAUGCCAAUUAAAAACGGCUUUUUUUCCAUCAUAAA